UCUAAAAUUGAUUUGCGUAGUGGUUAUCAUCAAAUUAGGAUGAAAGAGGGGGGUGAAUGGAAAACAACCUUUAAAACAAAAUUUGGUUUAUAUGAGUGGUUAGUAAUGCCUUUUGGUUUAACUAAUGCACCUAGCACUUUCAUGAGACUAAUGAACCAUGUUUUGCGGGAUUUUAUUGGUUAUGUUGUCUCUAAGCAUGGAGUAGAAGUAGAUGUGUCUAAAAUUGAAGCAAUUCAAAAUUGGCCUACUCCCAUGAAUGUGACUUUAAAAUAUCUGAAAUCCCAAUCUACAUUGCAUAGGUGUCUUGCUAAGUGGGUUGAUUUCAUUGAGUCUUUUCCAUACAUUAUUAAGCAUAAGAAGGGAAAAGAUAAUAUUGUUGCUGAUGAUUUAUCUAGGAAGAAUAUGCUAUUAACUCAACUUGAUGCUAAAAUUCCUGGAUUAGAGAUAUUAUGUGAUUUGUAUGCUACUGAUCAUGAUUUUGCUGAACCAUAUCGCUUGUGUGCUAUUGGUAAAGCACGGGUAAAGUAUCACAUACAUGAUGAGUUCUUGUUUAGAGCUAACAAACUAUGUGUUCUAGAAUCGUCUGUGCGUUUGCUCUUAUUGCAGGAAUCUCAUGUUGGAGGUUUGAUGGGUCACUUUGGGCGUGAGAAG